GGAGUCAAUUUUUCUGCACUGUAGGUAGCCUUGCUUGACCUGUACGACAGUACAAGACCUACCUCUCUCUCUCUCAAAUACGCAAAGAGCCCCUCUCAACUUUUGACCUGUGCAGGAGAAAUUUCAUUGGAAUUUUGCUCCCCAGUUCCUGCAAAUCAUUGGGAAUUUUAAGGUGUGGUAACAGAAGUCAGGAUUUCGGCCCCUCAUAUUCUUCUGCAAUUCUGCUGUAGGACUCAUGGAUCAAAAUGCUUCGGGAGAGGGUUUGAGAAACGACCUUGAGCUGGUGAGAUCAUCAUCUGAAAAGCAUCUUGAACUUUUGAGACCAUCAGCUAGAUUAAGUACAAUAUUUAAAGGGCAAGCAACAGAAGCUGCGGAUCCUGAAAAGGGAAAAUAUACCUUAAUUAGAGACGCAGAUGACUUUCCAUCAGGGAUGUAUGAGAAACAGCUUCCCUGCUUUGGCUGCGGGAUAGGAUGGUUUUCUUUUCUUUUAGGCUUCGUCUUCCCAAUAAUGUGGUACUAUGCCACAGUUCUCUAUUUUGGAAAUUUCUAUCGGAAGGAUCCUAGGGAGCGAGCAGGACUAGCCGCCUCUGCAAUUGCUGCACUAGUUUGUUCUGUCGUGCUGUUGAUCAUGGCAUUGUUUCGGAUGUUCUAGAUUUGCUCAAUCGGAAGCGCUAGCAACAUCUUCACAAGCAUGAAGAAAUCAUAGUGGGAUUGGAAGGGACCGUAAGAACACAAAUAUUGAUUUUUUUUAUUCCGGUUGAAAGGGUGGUAAACGAAAAAAGGAAAGGACAGAUGAAAAGAACCUGGACUGUUCCCAAACAAUUCUUCAGACGUCUAGAUUACAAGCUUUGGAUGAUGUUGAGCUAUCGUUUUCGUAUUUUCAUAUUUGUAUGAACAAAUGAGGCAAGACGAUAUGUGUAAACAUUGUAAUUAUACAGAAUUUUGAAAUACAGGGCUGUGUGAUCUUUAAUCCUUGAA